AUGGCUCAAGAACAUCGAGCAAAGAUACCGAUCAAUCAACAGAUCUCACACGCUAAAUCAACAAUCAAUAAGAUCAUCAAUGAGAUCAAACAGGUCAAUCAUAUAAUCAAUAACAAUAGCAACAUCGAGUUGACAUCAGACAACAAUAGCAAUGACAAUGACGAUGAUUCAUCAGAGGACAUCACAAAAUUCAUUGAAUCAAUCACGUCAUGCACAUCAAUCGAUGAGUUCACCAAGAGUUUACUUGGUGCUGUCAACCAAGAUCACAACGACCAAGAGUCACCAAAUGAUCAUGAGCUGUUGUCAAUGAUCAGUCGACACUCUAAACACAUGAAGAUCGAACCAUAUGAUAAGGAGCCAAAGAAAUUACGUGUCCUCGCUGAUGUUAAAGUGCUCAAUGGCAUCAAGAAGCAGAUUGAAUCAUGCUUUGAACUGAUUGAUGAACAUGAACUUGAUGGCCAGAUCAUAGCAAUGGGCAACAAUUCAUCAGGGUUCUCAUCAUUCUCACUAGAGACACACAAAUGGACACGAAUCACUCCGAUACUUGACAGACCUAUCAAUACUACCUAUCUGUCCCUCAAGUAUGUUCGAGGUAACAUCUAUUCAUUCGGAGGACUUGGCAAUCCCAAUGUUUAUUCUCGAUUCUCACUGGCAGAGAGAAAGUUAUAUCACAUGGACAUGCCCGAUGGAUUUGCAGGUUCGUGCCUCCCGACCUGCUACGAUGGCGACCACUAUAUCUACAUUGUUGGCGGCAUUGAGGUUGACCCAAUUACCAGAAAAGAGAAAGCCCGGUUUGAUCGUGUUGAUCGCUUCAACAUUGACACUGGACAAUUCGAUCAUAUUGGAAAUCUGACGUUUAAACCGAUGAUCGCUGACACAUUCUUCCACAACAACCUGAUACAUGUUGUGUAUCCCUUUGGUGUGUACACAUUCAAUGUUGACAGCGGCGAGACCAAGGAGAUCCUCAAGUAUACCCCCUUGAGGCACAACAUGAAUUGCUUCGAUGGAGUGGACAACAUCUACAUGAUGAACAACCUGUCGUUCUCACGAUUCUCACUGUCCACCAAGCAAUCAGUCCAACUACCAUUGUUUGAAGGUAUUGAAAGUGGAAGAAACAUUGUCUAUGUUAAGUCUCAUGACAGCAUCAUCUACUUUGGCGGCACAGGCAAGAACCAUCAAUACUCAAUUAGUGAUAACAAGUGGACACUGAUCAAUGACAAUGAUGAAAGAGCCAAACACCAAUCGUUUGAAAUGGAUGACAAUGACGAUGCUGUUAAUCGAGACGCACUUGUAGUUUGUUUGAUUAGUUGA